AUGCGCUUCUCCACACCAGCUCUCGCAUACCUCGCCUCCGCCCUCGUGCUCGCGCUCGUCCCACAGGCAGCGUACGCCGGCAUCACAGGCUUCAGUGGCAACAGCUGCGACGGCGACGUCGGGCUGAACGUCCCCUGCGACGGCUCGUGCCACCAGUUCGGCGGAAGGCACUCUUUCCGCGUCGACGGCGGGUCGGGCAACCACUGCGUGACGAUGUUCGUCGACUCCGGUUGCCCGAGCAGCGGCGAAGGGUUCACGUUCCAGAACGAGGACGGUAACUGCCAGAACGUGAACACGGGAACGAACAUCCAGUCCUUCCUCUGCGCGCCGAACAACAACUGCAUCCUCUGA